CUUCCCCUGCAAAAGCGGGAACCAACUUCCUCACCACCACUCUCUCUCCGCCGCCAUACACCAUCUUUUCCCGGCGAUCCACUUCUUUCGCCCCAUCCCUGAACUCACAUCACACACCCUUCCACACACAAAAACACAAAACAUCAGAGGUUGAGAAAAAUUCGCAUAACAUAUUUCCGGCUUUCUUCAGUUCUCUGUCUGAAACCAGACAAAAUAUUGCGAGAUUGGUUUUUGUUGAAAAAGAAAAAAACAGAAACUGAAUUUUAUCCUUUCUUCCACGUUGUUGUGUAGCACUGAACACUCAAGGAUCAAAGCUUUUAUAGUCUCCGAUCAUUUUGUGAGUACUCUGUAUUCUCAAGGUGUUACAGGUUAAGUUUAGCUGUAAAUUUUUGGUUCUUGUGGCGACAAAACGCUUCUGUAUGGAUCAGAUUGUUUGCUUUGUUUGAAAAGACAAGAGUGCUGAAGAAUACAGAGGGAGGGGAAUAUGGAGCAGAAAGGUAUACUGCUGUCGGCGUUGGGUGUGGGGAUGGGGGUCGGAGUCGGUCUUGGGCUUGCUUCGGGUCAGACGAUGAGCAAAUGGGCCGGAAACGAGGGCUUGUCUAACGGCAUAACUCCAGAUAGGGUGGAGCAGGAGAUGCUACGACAGAUCGUUGAUGGCAGAGACAGCAAGGUCACCUUCGACCAAUUCCCUUAUUACCUCAAUGAACAGACUCGAGUGUUGUUAACGAGUGCGGCCUAUGUCCAUCUGAAGAGGGCUGAGGUUUCUAAGUACACCCGGAAUCUUUCUCCGGCGAGUCGGGCUAUUUUGCUCUCGGGGCCUGCUGAACUCUACCAACAACUGCUUGCCAAGGCUUUAGCCCAUUACUUCCAAGCCAAGUUGCUGCUCUUAGAUGUAACAGAUUUUUCAUUAAAGAUUCAGAGCAAAUAUGGUACUGGCAAUAAAGCAUCUGCUUUUAAAAGGUCCACUUCGGAGAUGACACUAGAUCGGCUCUCUGGUCUAUUUGGAUCAUUUUCAAUUUUUCCUCAAAAGGAGGAACCCAAAGGCACAUUACGAAGGCAAAGCAGCGGUGUGGAUUUAGGAUCCAGGGGACUAGAAGGUUCUAAAAAUGCUCCAAAGCUUCGUAGAAAUGCUUCUGCUGCAGCUAAUAUCAGUAACCUUGCUUCUCAGGGUACUCCUUCAAAUCCAGCUUCUCUUAAGCGCACAAGCAGCUGGUCUUUUGAUGAAAGACUUUUCAUACAGUCCCUGUACAAGGUCUUGGUUUAUGUUUCAAAAACCACUCCCAUUGUGCUGUAUCUGAGGGACAUCGACAACAUCUUAUCUAGAUCUCAAAGGAUAUAUAACUUGUUCCAGAAAAUGUUGGACAAAUUAUCCGGAGCUGUGCUGAUCCUUGGUUCCCGAAUUGUGGAUUUGGAUAAUGACUACAGAGAUGUUGAUGACAGGCUUACCGCACUUUUCCCUUACAACAUCGAGAUCAGACCUCCUGAAAAUGAGUCACAUCUUGUUAGCUGGAAGACUCAACUAGAGGAAGAUAUGAAGAUGAUUCAGGUUCAGGAUAACAAAAACCACAUUAUGGAAGUCCUUUCAGCUAAUGAUCUCGACUGUGAUGAUCUAGGUUCAAUUUGCAUUGCCGACACAAUGGAUCUCAGUCACUAUAUAGAAGAGAUUGUGGUAUCAGCUGUUUCUUAUCAUUUAAUGAAUAACAGAGAUCCUGAAUAUAGAAAUGGAAAACUUGUGAUUUCAUCCAAGAGUUUGUCUCAUGGAUUAAGUAUAUUCCAAGAGGGAAAGUUCGGUGGCAAAGCUACAAUGAAGCUGGAAGUACAGGCCGAAUUUUCCAAGGAAUCUGGAAAGGAAGGGGCUGCUGGUGCGAAUCCGGAAACAAAAGUGGAAAGCACUGCUCCUGAGAAAAAAAGUGGAGCAGAGACGGUAGCUUCAUUGGUAAAACCAGAACCUUUAACCACAAAAACAGAAUCUUCUGCACCAAAAACAGAUGCUGACAAUCCAGUCCCAGCUUUUAAAGCUCCUGAAGUUCCCGAUAAUGAAUUUGAGAAGCGAAUAAGACCAGAGGUUAUACCAGCCGAUGAGAUUGGUGUAACAUUUUCUGAUAUCGGUGCCCUGGAGGAGAUUAAAGAAUCCCUUCAAGAAUUAGUAAUGCUCCCACUGCGGAGACCAGAUCUUUUCAAUGGAGGCCUUUUAAAGCCUUGUAGAGGUAUAUUGCUAUUUGGUCCACCUGGUAGUGGGAAGACUAUGCUGGCAAAGGCCAUUGCUAGGGAGGCUGGAGCUAGCUUCAUCAAUGUAUCCAUGUCUACCAUUACUUCCAAAUGGUUUGGUGAAGAUGAGAAAAAUGUCCGAGCUUUGUUCACACUAGCAUCCAAAGUCUCUCCAACUAUCAUCUUUGUGGAUGAAGUUGACAGCAUGCUUGGGCAGAGAACCCGAGUCGGAGAGCAUGAAGCCAUGCGAAAGAUAAAGAAUGAAUUUAUGACUCAUUGGGAUGGUCUCAUGACUAAACAAGGGGAGCGGAUCCUUGUCCUUGCUGCAACCAACAGGCCAUUUGACCUUGAUGAAGCAAUUAUUAGGCGUUUUGAACGGAGAAUAUUGGUUGGGCUACCAACUGCAGAGAACAGAGAAAUGAUCAUGAGGACUCUGCUGUCAAAAGAGAAGGUGGAUGACCAGCUAGAUUUCAAGGAGCUUGCAACUAUGACUGAAGGAUAUAGUGGAAGUGAUCUUAAGAAUUUGUGCACCACAGCUGCCUAUCGGCCUGUUAGGGAGUUAAUACAGGCAGAGAGACAAAAGGAUUUGGAGAAAAAGAAGAGAGCUGCAGAAAGACAAAAUCAACAAGAUGCUUCUGAAGAACGAAAUCCAGAAGCCGUCUCGGAUACAAAAGAAGAACAGAAAGAGGCAAGAGUGAUCACCCUCAGACCCCUUAAUAUGGAAGACUUCCGGCAGGCAAAGAAUCAAGUUGCAGCUAGCUUUGCAGCUGAGGGAGCUAGUAUGAAUGAAUUGAAGCAGUGGAAUGACCUAUAUGGGGAAGGGGGGUCGAGAAAGAAGGAGCAGUUAUCUUAUUUCCUAUGAGACUGGUGAUAGAACCUAUACAUUUCCACUUUGGAGUAUGUCAAAAUCUUUCUUGUAUGUAUUACCUUCAUUUCAGUUCCAUUCAGUAGAAACAACAGCCCACUCUGGAAGAUCGAUGAAUGAGAUUGAAUUUGAAGCAUGGAGGUUGUAUUAGUUAUUUAGUAAUUAGAAGGUAACAAUCUUGUAUCGACUUGCUUGCUGUAUUCUGAGAAAACUGUAUAACUUUAUCCCUUGUCCGGAUUACUGUUUUAAGAACUUUUAGUAACAGCUAUAUUCAGAUGUGUAGUACUACUAGGCGAAGUGCCUCGAGAGCUUUUAGAUAUCUAACCAUGUACAGCUUUCUUUUUUCUGUUUCUUCAAAUCCUCCAGAGCGCUGGAGGACAUGUCAUUUAUAUUCAAACAUCAGAUCUGAGAAUUUUAUAGGUUUCAAAAA